AUGGGAGGACCAACCGCGGGAACAGUCGACUGCAGCGUAGGUGUGAUUGUGCCAGAGUCGCCCAACCCAGAAUUGGACGAGCUUCGUGAGCUACGCUCAUCUAAAUUGGAGAAAAAGGAUCUCCCACAGUCUGCCUCCAUGGUCAGCCGUGUGCCGAUUCACUGGCGCAGAUACCAUCCAUUGAUCACUAGCGAUUGCGCAGAAGUCGAUCAUAUGGAAAUGUACAGUGGAGUAGAUUUGUUGGCUCAACAAGCGAUGCAUUGUUUGAAAAAAUCGAGCAUGAGUCAGCAUUUGAUAUUUGAAGAUUCCUCCGAGUCACUGAACGAAGUUAAUGGCUUCAAAGUUGCCAGAAAUAACAAUGAUGACCUCAUUUUGAGAUGUGCCUUCAAAAUUCAAGUAAAUCUGCCUGCCGACUGUGUUGAUAGCAGAAUCUUCUUCAUUACUGAUGACUGUAAUCUUUCCCUGAAAGCACGUGCUCACAAUGUUAAGUACAUGACAGCAAAGGAGUAUCUGGUGGAACUCCAGAAGUCUGGCUUGAAUAUCACACGCGCCAUACUAGGUCCGCUGAAGUUGUUUGAUCCGCUUCGUGGUCAGUUCAUUGAAUUGACCAAUAUUGAAGAUGAAGUUGACCAAGCAGUUAGUGGUCAGUCCCUUCACUAUUCAUUCGUCACUUCGUCACUGGUCAGUUCAUUGAAUUGA